AUGUCUAAAAGUAACAAGUCCGAGCUUUACCUCAAAGAGCUCGAUUCGGCUCGGUUGCGCGGUAAUUGGCUCAGCGAGCAGCCAAGCCAAUCUGGCAAGUCUCUGCCUUGGAAGGAGCUCAUCCGCAAGUUUACCAAGCACAAUGUCGACAAACCAGCCCUCGCCGCGCUUGCAAACGUCGAACACGAGCUCAAGGCCGCUAUUCUCAACUUCUACGCCGAAUCCGACUACUCUGAUGCCUCCCACCUUGCCGACUACAAGGUCCACCCACGCACUGGCGAUGCUACCCUCUUUCCUCCUAUCAUGCGCCCAGGCGCCGAGGGGGUAGGCUGGUCGACCGCAAGCGUCACCCAGAUGGCCGACCGCAUCCUCGAGUACGGCGACAGCAGCAACCGCACGGCUGCCGUAUCGUUGCGCGCCUUGGCUCUCUUUGCGCUGGGCCGAGAUGACGAAGCCGUCGACAUUCUGCACCGCGAGACCUUCAUGGAGACGGCCGGCCAAGCAGCUGCUACGCCCGAGAUGCACAACAGCGCGCUCACAGCCCUUGUCAUCCAAGGCUUCACCGUCUACGGCAUGGCCAACGAGCGACUCUUGUUCUCCAAGAACGAGUCCGGCUACACGCCCUUCGCCCUCGCCGGCUAUGCUCGUGCCAUCGAGCUGCACGAACUGAUGCGAGGAGGAAAGAAAGCCAACGCACUCCGUGGUCUGCCCGCCGAUGAGGUCGAGAGGUGGGCCGAGACUGCCCUCUAUCGCAACGCGCUUCUCUCCAUUCGUGCAGGUGAACCAGUACAAUCCCUCAACGCACUCCGCUCUUACCAGGCACACUCGGGUCGCUGGUCCAACGAAUUCCGUCUGCCGCAGCGAAACGUCGUCCAUCGCUACUACCUUCGAGUCCUCAACCGCUCCGCCGAGCUCGGCAGCUAUGUCGACCCACCAGAGCUGCCACCUCCCAGCCGCGACGACUGGCGAAGCAAGGCGUAUCAGCUGUCGGUCGUCGCCACGGUUGCCUCGCGAGUGCAGAUCUUCGACUACGAAACCCAGCGUCUGCAACGCGACCCUGCUGCCAAGCGCAUCAAUCCCACUUUCACCUCGCAACGUGUCACCUCACGUACCGUCUCGAAACGCCGACCCAACUCGUACCGCGAGCUGCGUGCGCCCAGCGUCAUGUGGUCCAACGAGUCGCUGUCCGCGCAGAAGUUUGCUUUCAAGUCGUUGCAGAAUUCGACCGCCUUCCCCAAAGCCGGCCACAUCAACGAGGAGGUGCUCGACUUUGCCGACGAGAUGAUCAAGGCGUGGCAGAUCAAUGGCGAGAUCGGAGGAGAGCAGGCCGACGACGUCGCCGAGAUCCUGCACGGUCUGGUCGAGCUCACCUUCCACUCGCAGCGCAUCGCGCGCUACCUCGUGCAGAUGCUUUUCGCGGCUGAGUGCUUUGACGAGGCCAAGCGCGCGUUGCAAUCUUACGUGCAGAUCGUCGAAAAGGCAAGAGAGGCCGAACAGAGCGCAGAGGCCAACGCUUCCGCCGACAAGGAGCACACCGAGUCGAAGGAAAAUGGAGAGGUCAAGCAGGAGAAGCAGGAGGAGCAACAGGAGAAGGCCAACGGCACCGACACCAGCACAUCGUCGCACAAGGACUACGACAGCGACGAGGUCUACGCCAACACGCUGGCGCAGGGCGCCUACUAUGCCGGACGCCACUGCAACGACUUUACGCUCGCCGACAAGAUCGCCUCCAAAGCGCUCGCCGUCGUUCAGGACAAGGAGGGAAAGUUCAAGCCCGACUUUGCGCAGAACAAAACAUUGCUAGCCCGUCUCAAGCGCGUAAGCGGUUUCGCGAAAGCAGGUCUUGCCAUUCAGCUCGCUGACCCUGUACGCAGGCCCGUGUUGCAGCGUGAAGCGCUUGCGGAACUCACCGCAGCUGCGCAGCUGGACAAUCAAUCAUCGGAGGCCUUCUAUCAACUUGCCUUCCUGCAAGCCGAGUUGCGCGACGUUCACUCGGCUAUUCAGUCGGCACGCAAGGCAGUUGAGCUCGAGCCUGCGGAUGUCGAGUCGUGGCAUCUGCUCGUGCUGUUACUCUCGGCGCAGAAAAAGUACAAGGACGCCUUCAAGAUCACCGAGGUGGCGCUCGACGAGUGCGAAAAGGACGACGAAGGAAUCAGCACCGGCACUGCCAAUGGCUCGUCACCCGCCAACUUUGCUGCAUCGCAGCUGCUGAGCGUCGACUACCCGCCCCGUCCACAGGAGCGCAACGAGUCGAUCCUGCGUCUCAUGAUGACGUACAACGCGCUGGAGGAGCUCAACGAAGGCGUCGACAGUGCUAUCUACGGACAGAAGGAGCUAUUCAGCUACUUCCACCGCGUCUUCCCGUAUGCAGCCGCCGCAGCAGCUACGGCUUCAGCGGGGUCCGGAGGCGCCAUCUCGGAGGGAGUCGACAACCCGCGAGGCUCACUCGACGCGAGCGGCUUGCGUCGAAACGGCUCGCUCGCCGGUGUCGGCGGCCCGAACAGCAAUGAUACGGUGCUCGGACGAUCGCAGACGACCACGAGCCGAGCGCGAUCGUACGCGCAGAGGCCGCUGGGUGCUGCCGGUGGCGGCGCGUCUAAAGGCAACGCGGCCAUCUUGCCAGGCAUGCAAUUUGGCACGUUCGACGAGGACCUGUCGCGAUCGGGCGCCGAACGCACGCUGGAGCAUCUCAAGAGGCAGUCGCUGGCGCUGGCCAAGAUCUGGUUGCUCUCGGCGGCAAGCUUCCGUCGAGCUGGCCAACUCAAGGAGUGUCGAUCUGCGAUUCAGGAGGCCGAACGACUGCAGCCAGGCCUGGCGGAUGUGUGGGUGCAGCUGUCGCUGUACUUUGCCAACAACGGCUCGAACCGACUGGCUGUCGACUCUCUGUACAAGGCGCUGGCAUGCUCAGGGGGCGAUGUGGCUGCGUCGGUGCAUCUCGCCCGACUCUUCCUUGCCGACCCUGAGCUCAAGCCCAAGAGCGGUUCAGCCAAGGCAGGCGAGGUGGAGCUGCACACAGCACCAGCGACCACUGCUCCGCACAAGUACGAGUCGUCCGCUGAGGCCUCGCUGAGCGCCAAGGCGAAGGACCUGUCGUCGGUGAGCUUGGCCGAGGGCCUGCUGACGACGACGACCAAGGGUGCUGGAUGGGACUCGAGCGAGGCGUGGCUGUUCUUGGGUCAAGCGACGCAGCGAAGUCAACGGGCGCAGAGGGCGCGCGAAUGCUUCGAGUACGCGCUGCAGCUGGAGAACACCAAGCCCCUCCGUCCUCUCUCGUCAGCUUUGCUGCGUUGA